CUUGAGUGCAGACUGCGUGACCUGCUGAAACACUCGCUUUAUCCAACGUGGGCGACCUUUUAUCAACCAGAACAAUGCUGAGAAGUCCAGACCGUCAUGGACCGUGCCCCGAUCAAAACAGUGACCAGCGUCAGGAAAUUCGUCCGACAGCGUUACCCGCACCGCUUUCUGGUGCUGAGGCUACCCAAGCAUUGCUAAAAGCAAAAAUCCGAGAAAUCCAAUCCAGCCCGGUGCUUACGCCCAAACAAAAAGCCGAGUCUGUGCAGAACCUCAUGAUGAAGGACUGGAACGAUGCCAAAUCGAAGUUGGGUGCAGUCAAAACGGAAUGCAACGCAGAAGUUGAGCGCAAACGAGUUUCAUUCCACGAUGAAGCAAAGACGAUAUUGGGUUGCAGUCAUUACCAACGGAAAUGUAAGCUGCUCGGCAAAUGCUGUGGGAAAUGGUACUCGUGUCGGUUUUGCCAUGACGACAACGAAGACCACGCCUUUGAUCGAUAUGCUACCGAGUCGGUUUCGUGCUUGAAGUGUGAUACAGUUCAACCGAUCAGCAAGACUUGCAUGAACGAGGACUGCAAGUGCGAGUUUGGACGCUACUACUGCGAGGUGUGCAGAUUCAUCGAUGACGACCACAACAAAGACAUUUACCAUUGUGACAAAUGCAAAAUCUGCCGCAUCGGCAAAGGUCUCGACAUCGACUACUUCCACUGUGAUCGCUGUAACGCCUGCAUGAGCAUCACUUUGAAAAAGCACAAGUGCGUGGAGCGAUCGCUCGAGUCGGACUGUCCGAUUUGCCACGCCUACAUGUUCACUUCGACGACGCCAGUCAUGUUCCUUCCAUGUGGACACUGUAUGCACGUGUCGUGCUACGAAGAGUACACACUGACAAACUACAUCUGCCCACUGUGCUCGAAGUCGCUCGGAGACAUGGAGCUGUACUUUGCCAGCAUCGAUGAGCUUCUCGAGCGUGAGCGUAUGCCUACCGAAUAUCAGGACUGCAAGUCGUUAAUCUACUGCAGCGACUGCGAGCGUAAGUCCACCACAAAGUUUCACUUCAUCUAUCACAAGUGCCAAUACGAAGACUGCAUGUCGUACAACACGAAGCUGCUGCGGCAGUUCAAAGAUUCAGACAAUCAAGUUGCAUGUGGUCCAGUCAGUCAGACUCACACACUCUAG